CUCCACCCUUGAGACAAAAACCGAAUUGGAUCCGACCCUUUAUCUUUUUAACGAAAAAGAUUCCUGUCUUACUAAUUUGGUACUUCUUAUAUCUUUCUUGCCUCCCCCUCUUGAUGACUACUAUACUAUUACUACUACCACUACCACUACCUCCUACUUUUCGUAAUCAUAUCAUCAUAGUAUCAUAGAUUGUUCAUGAUACAAUAAACACAGUGCAACCAAAUCAGACUGCAUUUAUAGACUCAAAUCUCUCUCAAUCAACUAAUUACUCAUCCUUCCACUGCAACAUCAACGCCCCCACGAUCAUAAAAGAAGGGUCCAAAAACUACUUCUUCCACAAACAAACGACGAGCACACGAUCAAAAAUGAAGGUCUUUUCUAGCGAUUGCAAAUUCGAUUAUUCAUGGGAAGAGGUGUCGACUGCAAAUUGGAGAAAAUAUUGUCCAUGGAAUGAAAAAUCCACUCAUGUUAUUGCUGUUGAUACAUUAUCGCGACAUGUAGAUGCUGAGACUGGAAUUGUAUGUUAUUUUCAUGACUCUCUCUCCUCAUUCUAUUUCUAUACGUGAAACAAUGCUAACACACCUCAAGCUUCGAACAGAACGUUUAAUAACCUGCAAACAAUCCGCCCCAAAAUGGCUUCAAUCGCUCAUGGGAGGCAAAGAUACAUCUCACGUUUUCGAAACCUCAUAUGUUGAUCUGGUUACUAAAAAAGUAACCAUGACAUCUACCAAUCUUACUUUUUCAAACAUAAUCAAUGUACAAGAAACGGUGGUUUAUAAACCUUUGUCGGCAAAUUCAACUCAAUUUGUACAAACGGCUCAGAUAACGGCGUUAUGUGGUGGAUGGCAAAAAGUGAAGAAUGCAGUUGAGGACGCAACCGUUACGGCUUUUUCAGAGAAUGCGAGGAAGGGGAAGGAAGGUUUUGAGGCCGUGUUGGCUAUGAGUAGGAGGGUUUUUAGUGAGGAGAAAAUGAGACAACAACAGGCGGCUACUGUUGUAUGAGGGUUUUACUUUUGAAGGGUUUCAAUCUUCUUCAGGAUACUUCAUUUCAGUCUGAUAUUAUCGAAAGAUCCUUCUGGGAGUACUCAAGAUGAUAUCGACUCGAUCAAUCCUCUUCCUCUCCACUUCCAUCCUCCCCGCUCGAUUCAUUCCUACAGUCCGCAAUUAACGAAUCCACACACAACAUCACACGGCAUCACAUAACAUCAGGACGCAUCAACAGGAGUUUGGAUUCAAAACAUCAAUUUUCACAGGUCCGGUAUACAAAAAAGUCUACGUUGGAGUUUCUCAUGGUUUUCUGGUCUAUUUUCAGCGUGGCGUUAAAAAGGGUUUCUAGAAAUAGAGAUAGAUGGGGUUUGGGUGGAUUUGACUUCUAUUUACAAAAACUUUGGUCUCUGUGAUGAGAACAAAUAUAUAUUAUUAUUGCGUUUGAUGUCUAAAGACCCUCUUCUUCCUCAACGCUGUUGUGGGUUUUUGUUACAAUACAGAUACCCCCCUUUUUUAUUCUUUGGUUUGAUUUGAUUUGACUUUGACUUUGAUUUUGGUUUUGAUUUUGAAGGGUUGAAGGGCUUGAAGAGUGGAUUGGAGGAUAGAUGGGUGAUGGAAUUAGUCAAGGUUCGCGGUUGGAGUGUGUGCUUAGCUGAGGUUAGAUGAAGUACCUAGGUAGUUGUUGGUUGACAAAAUGAGGGUGAAGGAAAGGAGGAGGAGAAGGAGGAGAAGGAGAAGGAGGAAAAUACUAGAUUUUACCACAUUAUAUG